CGCAGCCCCCGCAUUAGGCUGGAUGAGGCUCGCGCGCUACGUUUGCUGGCUGCGGCGAGCAGGGACUAGGACCUUUGGUGCAACCAUGCCGGUAGACUUGAGCGGCUGGGGAGGCUCCUUAAACCUCCCCGAGGUGGAAGAGAAGCCGGCGUAUCCUCUGCGGGUCCGCUACGGGUCGGUGGAAAUCGAGGAUCUCGGCCAAGUGCUUACACCGACCCAGGUCAAGAAUCGGCCAACCCUGAUAGAGUGGGAUAAUUGCAGCCCGGAUAAAUUCUACACUUUGGUUCUUACGGAUCCUGAUGCUCCCAGCAGGAAAACCCCCAAAUUCAGGGAGUGGCACCACUUUUUGGUGACCAACAUGAAAGGCAACGAUAUCAGCAGUGGGAAUGUUUUGUCAGACUAUGUUGGAUCUGGACCCCCGAAAGGAACAGGCCUUCACCGCUACGUGUGGCUGGUCUACGAGCAGCCCCAGCAGCUGAGUUGCAACGAGCCCAUCUUGAGCAACCGCUCGGGGGACAAACGAGGCAAUUUCAAAAUAUCGGCUUUUCGCAAGAAAUACAAGCUGGGUUCCCCCGUCGCGGGCACCUGCUACCAAGCCGAGUGGGAUGACUACGUGCCCAAACUCUACGAGCAGCUCUCUGGGAAAUAAAAUGGCCUUCCUGUUGUGCCCUCGUUCCUCUUUCUUGGAAAUUCUCCCCUUAGGAUAAAUGGCCUGGUUUACUCCCGAUGCAUUGCUGAAAAUGACUCCCAUUGACUCGCUAACAUUAAUUAAUCUAUUUUAAUAGAUGAAUUAAUCGGCAGCCUUUAUUGUUUUAAAAGGGUUUUUUUUAAAAAAAAAAAUGCAAACAAACCUGCAACUGAAUUGUAUGUUGCAUUGCUGCUUUUGAGAAGCUUCCAUCCUGAGAAUAGAAAACAUUCAUUUUCUAUGACUUAGUUCAGGGGUCUUCAAACUUGGCAACUUUAAGACUAGUGGACUUCAACUCCCAGAAUGGCUGAGGAAUUCUGGGAGUUGAAGUCCACCAGUCUUAAAGUUGCCAGGUUUGAAGACCCCUGACUUAGCUGGUUGUGAAGCUUGUGCCUUGCCUUAAAAAAGGGCACAAGUGCCAACAAUUUUGUGAAGAACACAACCUGCACUCCUAUAGACUCAGUGGAAUGAUAACUGCAGUAUUUCUAGCCAGCAAUGGGAUUAUGGACCCCCCCCCAAUAUAUCUGGAAGGUGCUAGGCAGGUGGAGAAUAUAAAAUCGGAAGAUAAGCAUCUCUUACCGUAAUUCGAGGCAGCAAUUGGUUCACCGUGGUUUGCAACUGAAGCAUCCCGUAAUUCCUGCUUGCGGUGAUUUUCCACUAAAGAGGAACUGGACCAUGGAUCCACAAUUUCACCUAGUUUGCUUAGAUUUUGAUUAUCUCGAUGAACUCUGCUCUUACUGGAUAUCAAAGUUCUCAUGUCUGUUUUAGAAGGCCAGGAUUGUUCAAGUUGGAUUGCUCUCGUUUUAGCGAUAACAUUUCUGGAUGUUAAUUCUUUUUUUCUCCCCUCUAAAUUGCUGUUAAAUAGAGUACCUAGCAAGUCUUGGAUGUUUUCCCAUGUUCAUUGAUAUUGUCCCUUGAGAAGCUUGUGUCUGUGGAUUUGCUUUGCUCUUGUUGAGAACUUUUCAAUUAAAAAGGAGGGUUGUCUUCAUA